AUGGCGGACCGAUGGUUCGAGACAUACGGUGCCAAUGCAGGAAGCAGACUGACAUUCGGCACCUUCAACCUGUACCAUGCGAAUCACUGGAUCAUCAAGCCAGCCACGCAAGGGUAUCACGAGCAGAACGGAUGCAGCUUGGUGGAGGUCAUGGCGCUGGAUCCUCACGUGCAGAAGCCGCGCUGGUUCGUGUCCCAUGCUUGGAUAGAGCCAGUCAACGAGUUCCUCGCAUGUCUGGAACAACAUGCAAGUGUGAGAGAUCUGCCAGGCAGCACCACCUAUUGGGUGUGCGCGUACGCGAACAACCAGCACCGUGUCGAGGACGAUAUUCAGUGCAAUCCUCGAAGCACUUCCUUCUACAAAGCCAUGCAGAUGUGUGAGGGGGUACUCCUCGUGCUGGACUCCGCUGGAACUCCCUUUGAGCGCAUCUGGUGCUGCUUCGAGGAAAGUAUUGCCAUCGAGCGUCGAGAGGACGACUGGUCGACGCGGCGCCUGUUUUUGGACGUUGGCGCCACGGACGCGCAGGGUCAAGCUCACGUCCUGACUGAUGGCCUGGCCGGCGCGGAGACGCGGAUGAUCGGCAUCGUCGGCUUGCACAGGAAGUCGGUGCGCGAGCGCACAUUCCCCCUGGUGCUCCUGGAGCGGGGUCUGAGCGUGAAGAUCCAAGAGGCCAAGUACACGGAGAGGAUCGACAAGGUGCGGAUUCUGAACAGCAUCGCCUUCCCUGAGCUCUCGCCUGGCUACUUCCAGGAUUUGCAGUCGCACCCCGCAGAGCACCCGAAUUAUGAGCGGGUGAACCGGGCGCUGGCGUCGCACUUCGCGUUGGCCAUGUGGUACGGCUACGUGCAGGAGCAGAAGUCCACGAGAGUUCUGGCGCGUGCCCUGGAGGCAGACGCCUCGCGCCGCAUCGUGCAGCUGUCCUUCACGGGCUGUGCGCACUUCGGGGACGCCGAGCUCCUCGUGCUGAUGUCGCACCUGCCGGAUGUGCGCGUGCUGCGACUGGACCUGUGCUUCACCGGGUUGGAGACCUUGGACUCCUUCGUCUCGUCCUCGGGAUCGGCCGCUCCGGGCCUGCGGUGCUUGGCGGAGCUCACGCUGCGCCUCACGGGCUCCGAGCGCCUGCGCAGCGUGGCCGGCCUGAGCGAGGCGCUGGCAGACAUGCGGCUGGCCUACCUGGAGCUCUGGCUGAUGAAGCUGCCACAGCUGGUGGAGCUCGGGCCCUUGGCCCCGGCAUUGAAGAGCCAGUCCUUUGGAGCCUUGGAGGAUUUGGUCUUGGACCUCAGCGGAUGUGAGCAAGUCUCAAGGGAGGCGCGCGUGGAGCUGCAGGGAGUUGUCGGGUCGCUCACGCGAUUUCGCCGCGUGAACACCUGGGUUCACAUUGAAGCACUUGUCGAUAAUUGGGUGCCUCGCCGGCUGGGCCAGGUGUAUUUUCCGCGCGCCAAGUCUGGCUCCUUUUCGCCCACGAGCUUCUACAGUCCAAGCAGCUGCAGCAGCACCAGCGACGAGUCAGGAGAGGACACUGACACAGAGAUGCGAGACAGCGAGUGCGAGUUUGAUGAGGUCAGACCCUUUCCCUGCAGCCAUCCUACAUGCCGGACGUUUCAUGAUUUGGAGGGCGGGUAUUGUCAGAGGCAUCGUUGUUCUGGGUUUUGCAGAAGGAUCUGCUCAUCGCUGAACUCUCAACGCCGGUAUUGUCAGCUUGUUGUGCUCAUGUUCACCCAAGCGAUAGCAGAAGCUGAGAGUCGACAUCUGCUGUUUCUCGUUGUCUUCAGCCUCUUCCCCGUCGCAUGCUACAGCUUGUCGCAGUUAAUGCGGGCUGAUGCCACGGCCAUGCUCUUGUCGUUUGCAGUGAUCGCAGUCAUGAGCACAUGGUACACGACGGUUCGGCUCAAUCGAAUGCAAGAGCUGUCAAGGGAGCUGGAGGUGCGUGCUGAGUCCAUCUAUGCCAGGCACCUGGGGAGUGACUUGUCCACUCUGUUUGGUGAUCAGGGCGAAGAGCACAUUACUCAAUUCCGUGUGAACAGCUUGCAAGAGCACUACUUGGAAGCCAGAAGACACGCUGAGACGUUUCACGAAAUGGUGUGCCUGCCGCUGAAAGCCUUCCUGGACAGCCAGAUGGUGUUCGGAUUAUCUGAGAACUUGCGGCCGAAGCUGAUGCCAGUGCCGCUGGCGCGUGAAGCUCUCGAAAGGGAGGGCGACCCAAGUCGCGUCUUUGACAUCUUGUAUUGCAACGUGACACUUCCUGACCUGACUUCCAUUGCCCGUGCCUGGCAAUUCCUCAAGACAUGCUUGGAGAACGAUGAAGGGAACGUUCAGAUUAUGUCCAUGCGGGACUCCUUUGCUCUUGCCCAGGCUGGCCAUAGGUGUGCAGAGAUUGUGGUCAGGGUCCACAGCUAUUUAGCUACGAUCCGGUUCUUUGAAGACUCCCUGAAUGAGCUUGAAGAAGAACUGGACGACGUGCAUCGAAGGGCGAGACAGCUGGGGCUUGUAGCCAGUAAGGAAGCAUGCCGGCGCCAGCCCGCUUCAAAAUCGCGUCCUUGGUUUCUGGAUGUGUCCCUCUGCAUUCUUCGUACGAUCUCUCUGCUGGCUGCAGUGUACCUUGCGGGGCAAUACUUCGCUCGCUACAGUCCGAAGGGUUUCCAGUCUGAAGUACGCCAUUCACCGGUAUGGCCGGCAUGGCAAUAUGUGUUUGCGUUAGAGUCAGAUGCAGAUCCUUCCGCUCAUCCCGAGACGUGGGUGCCGUGCUUGUUCUUCACCUUGCCCUACCUCGUGCUGACGUUCGUCCUUGUGUGCGACUUGCAGCGAUGCCAAGCGGGCGCGAGUACACGGAGCCUGACGCCCAUACAGUUGCUUUACGAGAGCGAUUUCGGGAUACACGGAAGGUUCUACAGCUUAAAAGUGGCCGUCUCACAGUUCUUCAUUGUGAUGCUACAGGCAUUAGGCAAGAUUCCAGUCAUGGGUGGCUUCGCGUCCUUCGCGAUUCAGGAAGACUCAGACAUAUCAGAGUCCUUCACGCUGUCGUUCUGGAUCUUCGUUGCCAUUCUGUGCAUCAACAGCCUUUAUCCGAGCAUCCUGUUCUUGUUCCCCUCCAACAAACGGGCACGUCUGGGAGUGGGGAUCUUGGAUGCUAUUCUUGAUAUUGCUUACACCCUCCCAUACUUGGUAGUGACGCUGCUGGCCUCCUAUGUGCUGGUGAUGAAGCGAGUGGUUUCAGGGAACUUCGGUGUUGAGGAAGUUGAACUUAGACUUAAAGAGAGGUCCGACCCCCAGAUUGCCUUUCCUACGAACUUCUUCGGCUACUUCGCCGUCUACUAUUCCGUGGCCCAUGUGUGCAUGGUUUGCCGGGCCCUCGAACGCAACGUUCCCAAAGCAUGGCUGAUUGGGGAGGGAAGUUCUUCUUUGCCGUCGCUCUGCCCAAAAGGCGCAGCUUCUGGCGGGAAAUGCGAGGCCCUUUGCAAGGUGCUGCCUCCUGGUUGCCGAGCACGUGCCCUUUUGGCAUCCUUUUUUUGCUCGUCAUCCCUUUCGAUCCCUUUCGUUUCCUCCAACUACCAUGCAGUCUUUGCACGUGUUCCUCUGUUGAUUGAUGUGUUUGCUUUGUUGCUUCGGCUUCGAAGGUAUUCGCCAAGCCUGCUGCUCGUCGUCGCCUACUUGGUGCUGUCGAGUUCGUCAUACCCCAACCACCGGCGAGUGGAGGGCUGCUUUCCCUGUGACUGCAAGCAGGUCGGUGGUAUCAAGCAGCUUUCACACUGCCACGUGGCUGGUGCUCUCCGCAUCAAGGAUGUGUACCUUAAUGACCAGAACAUCAGCAGUAUUGCGCCGCAUGCAUUCAGGUUUUUGCCCGGAUUGCAGCGUCUCUCCCUCUCCGGAAAUCCGCUGCACGUCCUGCCCGGCAAGCUCUUUGCUCCCCUGAAGGACUUGGAGCUUUUGGAUCUCAGUCGUGCGGACUUGCGUCAUCUGUCGGCUAAAUCGUUUGCAGGCCUUUCGGCCCUGCGGGUCCUGUCGCUGAGCGGAAAUCAACUGAAGCAUCUGCCAGAAGGCCUGCUGUAUCCCAUGCCUGCCUUGGAGAAAUUGUUGCUGGGAGACGCAAGUGGCAAGAGCGGAGGUGUUUACAAGCAUCUUGUUACUGGGAAUGAGUUGAUGUCACUGCCAAGUGACAUCUUCAAUCGGAGCCUCCAACUAACAGUCCUGGAUCUUGGCGACAACCGCCUUGUGACCCUUCCCGACGGCCUGCUGUCGAUGAACGGAAUGCUGGAGAGCCUUGACCUGGGACGCAACCGCCUCAGAGACCUUCCCGUGGACAUCUUCAAGGGUCUCUCGAGGCUGCGCACACUUGUUCUGCGGCUGAAUCAGCUCAGCACCCUACCGCUUGGGCUCUUCUCCGGCCUCGGCCACUUGGAGAUUCUUGACAUGCAACGCAACCAAGUCACAGAACUUGCUGCCGGAGUCUUCGACGGCCUCGAGAGUUUGAAGCGUCUUGACAUGGCCCGGAAUCCUCUCAGAGCACUUCCCGUCGGCUCAUUUGCCGGACUGUCCAGCUUGGAAAGUCUGAUCAUAAGUCACGGCUCGCCUACUGCACUGGCGGCGGGACUCUUUGCCGGCCUCCCCAAUUUGAAGAUCUUGAAUCUCGAUAACAAAUCGAUCAGCCAGCUGCCGGUGGGAAUCUUCGCAGGUUUGGGACAGUUGGGGUCGCUUUACCUGUCGGAAAACCCUCUUGGCAAGCUUCCGGUCGGAGUCUUUGCUGGCCUGGGGAGGCUUGAGCAUCUCUGGCUGGUGAACACCUCCCUGGUUGCACUUAGCCCGUCAGGCUUUGCAGGCCUCAGCAGCUUGAAGUGGCUGAAGCUGGGUAAGAACUCGCUCACUGAAGUGUCAGUGGACUCUUUCAUUGGCCUCCCAGGCCUGAGUAUGUUGGAUCUCAGUCGCAACUCCAUCAGCAAGCUUCCCGUGGGGGCCUUCACCGGCUUGGGGCAUUUGAAGACGCUUCGUCUGGGUCACAACCCGCUUGGGCAACUUCCGGUCGGAGUCUUUGCCGGCCUGGGGAGGCUAGACGGACUCGUUCUGGCGACGACCUCACUCACCGAGUUUCGUCCAUCAUGCUUUGCCGGUCUCGGCCCCAGCCUGAGAGUGUUGGACCUGCGUGACAACUCCAUUCGGGAUCUGCCGGCAGGGGGUUUUGUGACCCUCCCCAACCUGACGACGCUGAACCUGAUGCAGAACUCCAUCGACGCGCUGCCGGCGGGCGCUUUCAGAGGCUUGGGGCAUCUGCACAAGCUCUACUUGCAGAUGAACCCACUUCGCCAGCUUCCGGAGGAAGUCUUUGCCGACCUCACCAGCUUGCAGCUUCUGGCGCUGUAUGGGACCCACGCAGCGCCGGCCAUCUGCUUCCGGCCCUCGGUCCGCUGCUCCGCCGUGAAGUACACGCCCGGAAGUGUGCCAAGCAAUGAUUCCAAGAGGAGUUCCCUGGUAUUGUCCUGCUUUGUAGACAGGGAGCCUGCCUGUCUAGCCAAGUUUGACCAAGAGGAAGAUUCUGCUCCUGCUGGGAGUGCUGGCUUGCGUGAUGCUGUCGACGAGCUUGGCCGCGUUCUUGCGAGGUUUGAAAUGCUGGGUAGUCGCUUUGCCUGGCACCGCCUGGUAGAAGCACAGGAGCGCACACUUGAGGCAGCCACAUCGCUUCCGAACGACUUGGAUGACUUCUCGCCCGGGUCAAUGACGCGCGAGGCGUUCCUGAACACCGUGGCUGCUCAGAUCCUGCUCUUCGCGGGCUUCUCGCCCGCCACGGGGCAGUGGGUGAAGGGGCCGCCGCAGUCGCUGUCCCAGCGCGUGCAGAGCAUCCAGCCGACCUGGAAGAAGGGUCCCGUCGACUACUCGCCGGACGGGGGCACCCCUUUGGCUCCCGGGGGGCUGCCGCUGUUCAAGAUUGCGAAUGCAGGAGCCACGGCGCUGAGCGCCGGCUCCACGGUGGCCUCCAUGGCCGCGGAGCUCGAGGCCAAAGGCCUCCGCAAGGUGGACCUGGAUGCCAGGGCCUGGGAGGCCCUGGGUGAGAUGCUGUCCUGGCGCCUGCCGGCUGCUAGGACGAGCUAG